AUGCAGAGCAACGAGGCGCUCCUCAUCAAGACGCUGCUGGCGCGGAGCUGCCCGAGCGCAAGGCUGAGCCGCGUGCAGCGCGUGCAGAACAAGAAGCUGUGGCGCGCCCAUUGCCGCGACGAGCUCAACGGGCUCGACCCGCGCUUCUCCAAGGGCGGCUUUUACGGCCAGGGCAUCUACCUCGCGGAGGACCCGUCCUACCCGAUCGGCGGCCGGCCGCCCUCGGCUCGCGGAGACGAGGGCGAUGCGCAUGCGGACGUGCGCAUCGAGGGCCCUCCCCGACUCCUCUACGACAGCGUGCGCGGCGGGCCGCACCGCCCCUUCGUCUCCGGCGGAGGCGAGAACGGGUGCGACGCGUCCAUCGUGCACGUCGUGUACGAGUCGCGCCAGAUGUACCCGGCGUACGUGAUCGAGGUGCGGGCGAUGGGCGUGGCGGCGGCGGUGGCGGCGCUGCGGGCGCACGCGUCGGUCAGUCGCGUCGCGCUUGUGGCUUGCGGGCGGUUGGCUGAGCUGUGCUUAGAGGCGCAGAACAGGCAACCUGCGGCGGAUACGGGCGCGAUGUGA